AUGGCAAUGCCGACCGAUCCUGCGCUGAUGCCCUCGCCGCCCGCCGACCUCACACAACCCGAACAACAGGCGGUCAAGGAAAGACACUCCCUGACUCUAGACCAGCGACGCGCCCUGCGGAGGUGGGCCAACUCCCAAACCCUCCGGCCAUCACACAAAGCCUGCAUCGAAUGGUUCUACGCGCAAUAUGGCCACCAGAUAAGCCAGUCCACCGUCUCUCACUCCCUGUCGCCGAAAUACUCGCGCCUGGACGGCGACAACCCCCAACUUUCCGGCUCGCGCCUACGCUUCGGCAACUGGCCCGACGUCGAAAAGCUCGUGCUGCUCUGGUACCAGCAGGUCCAGGCGGCGGGGCGGCAGCCUACAAACGACGAGCUGGGCGAGAAGGCAAAGUCCAUAUUCAUGCAGCUCCCGCGGUACCGGGACGAAAACGCGCCCGAGUUCUCCCCCGGCUGGAUCCAUCGCUUCAAGAAACGCUACGGACUCCUGAUCCGCCGACAGCGCCGCCCGGGGGACGGCUGCGCCAACCCCGCCGAGGACAUCGACUACCUGGCCGACUGCGUUCCUAGGGUGAUGGCAGUGGCUCCCGACACGAGUCCCGCCGCCAUCAAGGAGCAGGUUCUGCGCGUCGUCGGCGUCGAGGCCAGCCUCAGCACGUGCGCCCUGGUACGAGACGAGAUCGUGAGGAGGGUCAACGCCGCGAACCAGUCGCCGCUGCCGCAGCACAACGUCCACCAUGCCGACCCUCUCCCUCCGCCCCCGCCCCCGCCCGAGCAGCCAAUGUACGCCGACGAUGACCCCGAGGUCGUUCUCCAAAACGCCCUGCGCCAGCUCCAGCAGGAGGAGCAGGCCGCCGAGGAGCAGGCCGCCGCGGCGCGGGAGGAGCGCGAGCGCGCCGAGCGCGCCGGGCUACAUGCGGCCGGCAUGGUGGCUACCCCGGGCGGCGCGCGGGACUCUUCCUCCGACCCGCGGUAUACCACGCCUGCACAGGAAAUGGGAGGCCACGAUCUGACUCUCACUCCGAUCCACUCAGACGGUCCGAUUUCUUCCAGUGAACGGCCCAUACGCUGCCCGUUCUGCGUUAAUCAGCGCAUGUUACGGACCAUUAAAGAAGCUGUCGAGCACAUGUCUACACAUGUCGUCGUGUGA